AUGACCAGUUCGGAUUCACACCUUGCAAUGAACAUUUUGCAACUCAGUGUGUGCCUGAAGCUAACCGGAGUUGACGGCCUGCCGUUAAGCGAGGUCAAAAUGAAAAUUCGUUUGUUAGAAGAGGAGGCAAUUGAGUACAGGGACAAAAAUGUCAAACUCCGGACCCACUUGCAAAUGGUUCAACAGGAACGGGCGAACACGGAAGCAUUAUUGUUUGAACGACAACGCGAGUGCGAUGCCGCGCAUCAUCAACUCUGUUUAGCCGAACGUGAAAUCGGUCGAACAAAACAGGAUUUGCAUCAACUGAAAUUGAAAAGAGGCGAGAUUCACGUGCGCAUGGGCAGUUUGGAAAACGAAAUAUUUGUGAAGUCGAACGAGUUGAACUCAAUCAAAUCGCAGAUGGACUACGAUCAACAGUUGAUUGAAAUUUAUUUGGAUAAAGUCGAGGAGGAUGUCCGAUGCAGAGAGCGUCUCGAUGCGCUCAAGAUGUGCGACGAGUCCCGUGUUUCGGUAUUGAACAGUGAAGCUGCCAAACUGAGCGAGAAAAGACGAGCGAUUCGCGAUAAAUUGGACAAUGUUGUGUCUAAGAAUGAUGUACUACGACUUCGUGUGGCAGCUGCGUCGGACCAAUGUCGGGCAGAAAAUCAGGCACGACGAGAGGUGCUAAGUGUUUGGGAGAACAUUAUCUCACAAAUAGUGAAGCGAGAUGAGGAGUACACAACCCUGAGCAAGAAAUAUGAUGAGCUUAACGGGGAACUAAGAGGGGAACAGCAAAAAGUGGAAGAGGUCAAAAAGUUGUCCAAUCUGGUGGCUGAAGACGUGAAGAAUGCGGAGAAGGCUAUUGCGGAUACCAAUAAAGAAAUUUUUCUCAAGCGUAAUGACUAUGAUUUGGCGUUGAAAGAUGCCGAAAUCAUGGAGGAAGAGCUUCAAAAAGUACAAAAGAAUCUCGAGGGCACAGAACGCGAUCUUCGUGGAUGUAUUGCACAAACGAAACAAUUGCGUCAGAAUAUAAAAGAUCUAUCUGACAGACUUGAAGAUGAAGCAAAACGAAACAGUGCAUCUGAACAGAUGCUCGCCACCGUGACCAGUCGUCGCAUGAACGAUGAGCAGUUGAUGAAAUUGGGCGAGGAAAAGUUGAACAAUGACGAAAAGUGUUACAAACAAGCUCAGGGUUAUCAUCAACAACUCACAGUGGACUAUCUAAAAGUGCGAGAGGACCUUAUCAAACUGGACGAAUUGAUUUAUAAAGCGCAAAUCUUCAGUCAACGCCUAUCGCAGCGUAUUGCGAAAUUGGAAUCCGAUCCGCUACUGAGCCAAGAGGAACUGAACGUUAAAAAUAAACAAAUCAAUACACUACAUAAUGAACUAGACUUUCGCAUCAGAUCGUGCAAUACGCUAACAUCGAUGAUUAAUCAGUUCAUGAACGAUAAACGAAUUUGUAAAAUGCGCUCAGAAAAGUUGCAAGUCGAAUUGGAUAAGGUGAAGACACAGCUAGAUACGGCGCAGUUAACUUUAACCAAUACUGCCAUGGCCUUACGAAAAGCUGAAUCCGCGUGGCGAGAAAUGCUGGUUGAAUGUAAUUUAAACAAACACCAGGUCAGGCGUAUGGAAGCCCGGCUCAAUCUGUUACGCAAUGCGGUCCUGUGUGAAGAAGUGAAGCAAUUGCAGUUAGAUGCACUGGAACGUGAAGCCGAUGUUGAAAUGGACAGUAGAAAGAAGAAAAUCAUAAGUGAAAUUCGGAUGGCCGAAUCACGUCUGGCAGAUGCCCGCGCUGAGCUCACAAUGCGUUGUAGACGUUUGAAUCAAAUUCGUGGAAGAUACAAUGUCACAGUGACUGCGUUGGCACAGAGCAACGAGGAUGCCAUGGGUGCCCGGAUGCGAUAUCUGAUUGAGCACAAGGGCGAUGAACUGGAUGCACAAGUACGACGUGCCGAGGAGGAGCUACGAGCGCUGGAGAACACCGUAGUCGUGAUGACCUCGCUGAACGAAGUGGCACGAGGACAAAUUAUCGGGAGCUACGAAUUACAAAUGGAGGAGGUAGACUCAGUGAUGAAAUUGCUGGAGGAACGAUACAGUGUUGCCGCACCGUGUUUGGCUAAAUCGAUGAGAGCCGCGGAAGAAACUCGGGCGAGGUAUGAACGAGUCACCAGGCGGUUGACUCAGCUCAAGGACAGUCUGGACAAGCUUCGAUUGAUCAAUCAAACGGAUAUUGAGGUAGGUCUGUUUGGAUCAUAA